GCUCAUCCCUAACAAAACGGUACCAAGUGGCUAUUUCACCUUCGAAGUCAAACCAAACAAAAUGUCAAAGGACGAAAAGGACAAGACGCAGAUCAUCGACAAGGACCUGGACCUGUCGAACGCCGGACGCGGCGUUUGGCUGGUGAAGGUGCCGAAGUACAUUGCCCAGAAGUGGGAGAAAGCGCCGACGAACAUGGACGUGGGCAAGCUGCGGAUCAACAAGACGCCCGGUCAGAAGGCGCAGGUCUCGCUCUCCCUCACGCCCGCCGUUUUGGCCCUGGAUCCCGAUGAGAAGAUACCCACGGAGCACGUCCUGGACGUGUCGCAGGUGACCAAGCAAACGCUCGGCGUAUUCUCGCACAUGGCUCCCUCCGAUGGCAAGGAGAACUCGACGACGCCGGCGGCGCAGCCGGACAACGAGAAGCUCUACAUGGAGGGCAGGAUUGUCCAGAAGCUGGAGUGCCGCCCCAUUGCCGACACUUGUUACAUGAAGCUCAAGCUGGAGUCCAUUCGCAAGGCGUCGGAGCCACAGCGCCGGGUGCAGCCCAUCGACAAGAUUGUCCAGAACUUCAAGCCCGUCAAGGAUCAUGCACACAAUAUCGAAUAUCGGGAGCGCAAGAAGGCCGAGGGCAAGAAGGCGCGCGACGACAAGAACGCCGUCAUGGACAUGCUCUUCCACGCCUUCGAAAAGCACCAGUACUAUAAUAUCAAGGAUCUGGUCAAGAUCACCAACCAGCCCAUCAGCUAUCUGAAGGAGAUUCUCAAGGAUGUCUGCGAUUACAACAUGAAGAAUCCGCACAAGAACAUGUGGGAGCUCAAGAAGGAGUAUCGCCACUACAAGACUGAGGAGAAAAAGGAGGAGGAGCACAAAUCCGGCAGCAGCGAUUCGGAAUAGCAGUAGCAAUUUUAAUUUCAUUAAAACAUAUUUAAGUGAUUGCAUGAUUUCGUUUUAUUUCUUAAGAACUACGCGUAUACUAUGGACUAUGAAAAAAACAUUAUUUGUAAAUAGACAUUUGCUUGCCGUUUGGUAAAUACAUACAUAUAUAUACACUAUA